CAGCUCGUCAAACUUCGCCAGUCUCCGCCGAGUGGCCUUUUGGAGCAAAACAUCGAGCUCUGCCUGCCCGGGCAUCUCGCCGGCGCAAGGCCUGACCUAGCAGGGGCCUUCCGGGUUCGGCUAGCGGCCCCGCCUCCCCGCACGGCCCAGCCCGGCGGGCGCCUCUCGGGCCGGUUCCCAUGGGAACCGCCAGGCAAACAAGGCCGCAGCUCCGCCGCCGGCCGGGCUGGGAGCGGGCGGGGCACGUGCCGCGGUAGCUGCGGUGUUCUUCACCUCCUGGCUCAAGCAGCAGUGUUCUGGCCCAGAACUGCAGAUCUCUUGUGGAUGAACCACAAAGCAAAUAACCAGCCAUGGAGGAAUUAACAGAACACCUUGUUUCUACUUCUGAAAAUCUGUUACUCAAAUAUGGACAAACUACCAGUCAAGCCCACGUAAAGAAGCUGAAAGAUCUUGUUAUACUUCAGUUAAAUGGGCUAUAUUUAAAGAAUAUGAGACAUUUGCAAUACUGUGUUUUGCUUAAAGUGUGCAUCCUGUCUAAUAAUUAUAUUACAAAUAUUGAUGCACUUGAAUGUUGUACUCAUUUAGUUAAGCUGGAUCUCCAUGGAAAUCAGAUACAGCAUCUUCCUGGCCCAACAUUUUGGGAAGGCAUGAAGGAAUUAAAUCUACUCUAUCUUCAUGACAGUGGAAUUGGAAAACUGAAUAAUGUGCAUUCGUUAUCUUUCUGCCCUAAUCUGAUAGGCCUCACCUUGUUUGAUACUCCACUGAGUCUAAGAAUAGCAUAUAGGCAUAUUGUUGUUAACAGCAUUUUAUCUCUCAAAGCACUGGAUUACUAUGUAAUUUCUGAUCAGGAAAUUGUUGAGAACUGGAAACUUCCCCAAAAAUAUAAACCAUUUAACCCUAGCUUUUUCCUUGAUUUUUGCCAUGCUCCUAGAAAGGAAGCAACCGUUGAGGAGGAGAUAAAUGUGGUAAAAGAUAUCAUUGCAAAAAUCAAUCACAUUCUAGCUCAUCACUCACCAGUUGUGAUUGUUCAAAGAUGGAUAAGGGGAUAUUUAACUAGAAAAAGAUUUGGCAAAAUUCCUUUGGAUGAAGUUCUUCCACAGAGACAUUAUAUCAGAGAUGGAGUGAAACAAAUUUACAGUCAAAGCAUACUUCCAGUAUGUAAUAGUAAAAGCUUUAUGUAUCACAUCAUUAAACCAGAACAGAAUACUGAGGACAAAAAGCUUACAUCUGGGAAACAAGUCUUAUAUAUGAAUAAUUUUAAAAAGCUUCCUGUUUUAUGUCUGAGAAGAAAAAAACAACCAGUUUUCUCCAUUUCACCCACAUUGAGGAAACAAGAAAAAAUGAAAAAACUAGAGGAACAAAGAAUUCCAUUGAGGAAGGGUUUCUUGGACCUGGAGAAACCUAAUAUGGAGGAGCAGGUAGGAACUAAAUUUAGGCUUUCAGUUUGUACAGCUGCUUUUCAUUCAGUGAAGGAUAAGCUGAUAUUUCAAAAGAAAGAGGAAGAAAUUUGGCAUGCUGUACACCCGUUUCAUUCUCUUGUUCAUCCUGCUCCACAGCUUAAAGCUGUGAAUCACCCAGUAAGUAUAGAGAAGAGGAUUUUUGCUAGAAUGUAUGGAUCUGUAAGACUUGGACCAUUUUAUGUUAUUGAUAAAGCCUACAGGGAGAGUAAGAGAUGCGAGAUCCAAACUAAAAAGAUAUGUGGGGUUAUGCAGAUGCAAAUAGCCAAAGGCAAAGCUGACUACUGUAUUAAGGGUUUUCUUGAGGAGAAAAAGAAUGGUGUUCAGAAAAGAUGCAAAGAAGAAGACAUUAGAAUUCAAGAAGCUUUAAAACAACAUCAAUUGAGAAGAUCAGGAUUUAUUGAAAAAGUAAGGCAAAGGCAUGCUUGGUUUUUAGAAACCAAGAACCAAAAAGCAUCAGAGUAUUCAUUAAUUCAAGACUUCAGCAUUCAGCAUGCUUCUUUGACACAGAGUUUGUUUAGACUUGACAGAUUGAGGAAAAGUGAGGAAACCAUAAAGGAAAGAAAGAACAUUGUUAUGGAAAACAAAGAAGAUAUGGAAAAAUGGAAGGAGCUGGUUAAAAAUUUUCAGGAGCAGAGUUCAACUGACACACAGAAAAUACCUGAGAUUCCAAGUGGGAGCAUCUACCAGUAUAGAGUUCUGCUCUUUGUCUUUCAUCAGCACCAAAGGUAUUCACCAAGUGAUUGGCAGUUGUGGUGGCUCACAGGAGACAAGGGAUCCAGGUAUAUCUGUACAUUAACAAUUAACUCAUUUGAGGAAAAUCACCACAGCAGGUGAACUAUUCAGUUCACCUAAUUCCACAUCUUUCCACUACUCUGAGUCUCAGGAUCACACUGUUGCCAAUGCAGAGAACAGUUCAUGAGGCAGUGCUAAAUUCCACACCAGCAAGGGCUUAUCUACCACAGGAAAGAUUCAAGACCAUGGUAAGUUUCAUCAGCAGCUUACAUGCUUAUCCAGAAACAUCUAUGAGAGUAUGCCUCAGGCUUUUGGAUGUGGCCUCAUAAAGUAACAGUGGUUCUUCAAGAAGUGUUGUCCACAUGGAUUUCAUGACUCUUUCCUUGCUACUGUGGAGUCCUAUGCCAUCUGGAUUCUGUAUUGGCAAAGGAACUGAAGGACAAUUGAGCAUGCUUGUCCCUUGUUAUAAAUUCUCCGUUCAAGAUUUGUAUAGGCAAAACUCCCACUGCUUUCAAGAGGAAUUUUGCCUAAGUAAGGAUUUCAGGAUUGGGCCUUCAAUUAAUACUAAGAUAAGUAAUUAUGUUGUUUCUUAGAUCGGAUUUGGGGUUUUUGCUUUGUUUUUAUUUGUUUUGGUGGAAUGUUUUUUCUGUACAGCAGUGAAAAAAGAGAUCUACAUUGUGUGUGGACUGGGGCACCUACUUUAUGCACUAUACCUAGAGGCUUAAUUGAUUUAUUUUUUACAUUUCCAUAAAAAUAUCCUGGCCUCUUUUGAAAGCUAAGUUGUCUACUGAUGUUCAGUUUGAUGAAAUGCACUAUGGCCAAAUUAUAAACGACAUAAAUUGGUUGAUAAUAGAUAUAGUUGGAGACUUUUAACCACACCUAUACUGCUUAAUCAAGUUUAAAAACUAGAGCACAAUGCAACAUUCUAAAUAAGUGCAAGUUUUAAUAGUUUGACCAUGAGGAUUCCUCAUGAACAGGACAAUACCUACUCUUUUUGAGUGUCUUUUUAAUUUCUGAUGGUAGAAUCCCUCCACUGGCAUAAAAUCCAAAUAAAGGGGCUCUAUGCAAGUGAAGUGCAGUAAGGUUUAAGAAGAUGAAAUCCAUAAUUUGCAGCUAGUGAGUGAUGCUAUUGCAGUCUUUGUGGUUACUGUUCCUAUGGCUGGAAUAGUUAGUCAGUUAGUCACAGCCACUUUGUGCUCCUGGUGUUCAGUGCUGGGACUGUUUAUAAGUGUGAAUCCUGUGGCACCAUUCCUGGCCUACCAAUGUCAUAGCAUUCUGUACCAGCCUGUGGAAUUGGCACAGAGACCCUCUCCAUGGCUGUCAUCCCUGUGCACAGCCCCCUCUGUGGUGUCUUUGCUCCUGUGCAGAAUUUAAGUCAUGCAGAGCAGUGGUUCUCAACCUACUGUAUCCCUUUCAGCUCACUUUAAAACUACGGUACUUGCUUACAAAAUCAGACACAAAAAUACAAAAGUGUCACAGCACAUUAUUACUGAAAAGCUGCUUAUUUUCUCAUUUUUUACAAUAUAAUAAAUAAAUAUAAAUAUUGUACUUCCAUUUCAGUAUGAUACUUGAGCCUGUUUUUCACUUGUGAGCCCUGCCAUGCUGGGAGGCAAUGAAGUGACAGCAACAAUUAAGUUUUUCUCCACGUUGAGUCUAUUCCUACUCUCUGGGCCAGCAUUAGGGGGUCACAAGCAGGGCAGUUCCCCAGGGCACCAUGCCACAGGGAGCCCUGCAAAGCUAAGUUGCUCGGGCUUUGGCUUCAACCCGGUUGGCAGGGCUCGGGCUUCAGCUUUCUGCCCUGGGCCCCAGCAUGUCUAACUCUGGCCUUGGCGACCCCAUAAAAAUGAAUUCACGACCCACUUUGUGGUUGUGACCCAGUUUGAGAAACCCUGAUAUAGUUUAUACUGUUCUAUAUACAAGUUAUUGUCUAUGUGAAAUCUUAGUUUGUACUAACAUUGCUAGUGCUUUUUAUACAGCCUUUUGCAAAACAAGGCAAAUAUCUAGGUGAAUUGAUAUACUUCCUGGAACAUCCUUUGAGAACCCCUUGUGCAGGGGGCCUUGUGAUAGUCCUCUGCACUGUAGGCAAACUUCAGCCUACAGGAGCAAAAAUUAUUCCUACGGCCUGUCUAAAUUAUAUAUAAAUUAAUUACUGUGGGAAAGGAGGUGAAAGAAGAGGAGCAUGGAUAUAGUACAGUGGUCCUCAAACUUUUGUACUGGUGACCCCUUUCACACAGUAAGCCUCUGAGUGUGACCCCCGUUAUAAAUUAAAAACACUUUUAAAAUAUAUUUAACACCAUUAUAAACGCUGGAGGCAAAGCGGGGUUUGGGGUGGAGGCUGACAGCUCACGACCCCCCAUGUAAUAACCUCACAACCCCCGAGGGGUCCCGACCCCCAGUUUGAGAAUCAUUGGUGUGGUGUGUCAAAUUCCAAAUCUAGGAGAAAUUUUCAUUAAAAUGAAUUUAAUUAAUCUAACUUAAUUGGAGAACAAAGAAGCUAGACACAGUUGUAAAAUAUAAAGAAGAAGCCAAGAGCAUAUACGUAUGAAAGAGUCUAACUUUUAGAGACAAGACUUUUAUCAGGAAAUUUGCUCAGCUGAUUUGUGAAUGGUAAACCAUGGCUGCAAGUUGUAUGAAUAAGACUGAAGUCUCUUCCUUUUAUUUUUCUCCAGGCAAUUGAUGUUACAAAAAGAAAACUUAGUAGAAAAAGUAGUUCUGGGUUCCAUUGUUUCUCAAAAGGCUAGUGAGAGAUUACAGCAAGCCAAGGCAAAAGUUGCAGCUGUAAAGGAUCAUCAAGCC